AAAGCACAGGACUCCAGCUCGCCUGCAAAGUCCCAUCCUAACCCAGGAUGCAGAGCUCUCUGGAAGGGUCCGCCCCUCUGCACUCUGCCAAAGCCUUCUUGUCUGAGCACGAGAGUCCCCCUCCCUAGCAGACUCCUCCAGACCCCAGUUUUCCAGGCCUUGCCUGCCUUGGAGGGGAUCCAGAGCUGCUUCUAUAGAUGACAUCACCACCCACCACCAAGCAGUUUCUCAUCUGGGUACCUGCUCCUCGUGCCUGCUGCCAUGCAGCGACAACCCAAGAGGCAGGCGCCAGAGGGAGGAGCUGGGAGCGUGCCUGUACACGGGGAGAGAGACUCCCACAGCUAGUGCAGCUGUCUCCAGGAAGACUGGCAGCCUGUGCUGUGUGGCCCUGGAGAAUGGCCGCUUCGCUGUGCCUUUCUGAGUCCCAGAAUGCUGGCCGUUAGAGGCCCCAGCCAGUUUUCCAGGCAGACUUCGGAUGAGGGCUGUGGGUGUGUUGAUUUUUCUCCGCUUUGAGAUCUUGCCUCGGAUUUUUCUUAGCUUGGAUCAAGAUGAGCUGCUAUCUGUCCCCUCUCUGGCACCUCAUCUUUGUCCUCACGUCUUUGCUGUCUGGCCAUAAGCUUCUAAUUGUCUAGCUUCCCAUCUUCCUUUCAAGCUCUGCCACUUAUUGUCCCCGUUUCAGAGGUAAGGCCCGCCCUGGUUUUCCAAGAUGGGCGUUACGGCCGCACGUCUGCCUGGAAGUACUUUCGUUCCACUCAGUUCCUACCACCAAUGGACGUAUGUGGUCAUCAUUAGAAGUGACUGCACGAGUCUCUGAGAAUCCCCAACUCCGUUGUUACCAGGUGUGCCCGGUGUCUGGGGAUUCGGUGAGGCAGGGUCCUUCCUAGAGGCUACAAUGGCACCUGCAGGCCGUGUGCGAUGCAGGAGUUAAGAUCAUGUGCUUGCUGGCAUGGGACUUGGGUUUAGUCCCAGCUAAGUGACCUUCGGGAAUCUGUUUCCCCUGGACCUUCAGUUUACGUGUGUCUGACGUGGGGGCUGUGUGGAGCCCACUGUGGAAGGCGGCUGUGAGGACCACGCAUGACGCUUCGGUUGGAUGCUGAGUGUGGGGCUGAGCCUGAGGGGCCCUGAUGGGGGCUUGCAUGCGAUUUGGCACGCUCAGGGCUUAAGAACUCCUACCACUGCCCCACCCCCGUCUUGUAUUCUCCCCUCCCAUUUUUCACAUCCAAGGUCCCCUCAGUGGCUGGCCCUUUUGUGGUUUGUGCCACAUAGGCACUGCUGUCCCCCAGGGCACAGUGGAGGGCUGUCUGUCACCCAGUGCCCAGUCUGUUACCAGCUGGCGCAGAAGCUAGCGACAUCUGCGCAUAGAGGCCGGGCUGCCCAGCUGUUGGCUGUGUUUUUGCCUGAAAUACAAUUCUGACUUUUCAGGGGCUCCCUGGGACCUUGUGUGUGUGCACCCAUGGGGCACACCUCAGCUUCUGAGUUCCCAAAGGGCCCCUCUAGGGCUGCAAAGUCCACACCAUGCGGGAGAAAGUCUUUCUCUUCCCAGGAGAAGAAACUUGAUUGACUCUCCCAGAGUUCCCUGGCCACAGACCCUGACAGCGCCUUCUUCACAAAGGGCCCAGAGGUCUGAGCAGUGCCUCUCACUUUUGGCUGCAUAUGUGAACCGUGGGACAGGAUGGGGUAUGUAAAAUGACUCAUGCGGAGGCCCCACCCACUAAAGCCAGCCCUCCAAAGCCUAGGCAUCAGAGCUAAGGGGUUUAAAAGCUCCUGGGAUGGGUCUACAUUCCUAAGUGGAGGAUCAUUGUGUCGGAAGGACAGUGUAUGGAAAUAAAUCAGUGUUCUGUAAUUAGAGGAGACACGAACCCCAUCCUCCGAAAAGACCGUGCCGACCCCAACGCCGAGCCCAUGAUCCUGGAACAGUACGUGGUGGUGUCCAACUAUAAGAAACAGGAGAACUCCGAGCUGAGUCUCCAGGCCGGGGAGGUGGUAGAUGUCAUCGAGAAGAACGAAAGUGGCUGGUGGUUUGUGAGCACAUCUGAAGAGCAGGGUUGGGUCCCUGCCACCUACUUGGAGGCCCAGAAUGGCACACGAGAUGACUCAGACAUCAACACUUCCAAGACUGGAGAAGUGUCCAAGAGACGCAAAGCCCACCUGCGGCGCCUGGAUCGCCGGUGGACCCUGGGCGGGAUGGUCAACAGGCAGCACAGCCGAGAAGAGAAGUAUGUCACCGUGCAGCCCUACACUAGCCAAAGCAAGGACGAGAUUGGCUUCGAGAAGGGCGUCACCGUGGAGGUGAUUCGGAAGAACUUGGAAGGCUGGUGGUACAUCAGAUAUCUAGGCAAAGAGGGCUGGGCACCAGCAUCCUAUCUGAAGAAGGCCAAGGAUGAGCUGCCGAGCAGGAAGAAGAACCUGGCGGGUCCAGUGGAGAUCAUCGGGAACAUCAUGGAGAUAAGCAGCCUGCUCAACAAGAAGGCCGCUGGGGAGAAGGAGGCCCCGGCUGAGGGCGAGGGGUCUGAAGCCCCCAUCACCAAGAAGGAGAUCAGCCUCCCCAUCCUCUGCAAUGCCUCCAAUGGCAGCGCCUUGGGAGUCCCUGAGAGGACCACAUCGAAGCUGGCCCAGGGUUCCCCAGCCGUGGCCAGGAUCGCCCCUCAGAGGGCUCAGAUCAGCUCCCCAAACCUGAGGACAAGGCCGCCCCCACGCAGAGAAUCCAGCCUGGGGUUCCAGCUGCCAAAACCACCAGAGCCCCCUUCUGUUGAGGUGGAGUACUACACCAUUGCCGAAUUCCAGUCUUGCAUUUCUGACGGCAUCAGCUUCCGGGGUGGACAGAAGGCUGAGGUCAUAGAUAAGAACUCAGGUGGCUGGUGGUACGUGCAGAUUGGGGAGAAGGAAGGCUGGGCCCCCGCCUCAUACAUCGAUAAGCGCAAGAAGCCCAGCCUGAGCCGCCGAACCAGUACUCUGACCCGGCCCAAGGUGCCCCCACCCGCACCCCCCAGCAAGCCUAAGGAGGCUGAGGAAAGCCCUGGGGGUGCCUGUGAGAGCCAGGACUCCCCACUGAGGCUUAAGUAUGAGGAACCUGAGUAUGACAUCCCUGCCUUCGGCUCCGACUCGGAGCCUGAGCUGAGUGAAGAGCCCGCGGAAGACAGGGGUUCAGGCGACAGGCGACCUGUCCAGCCCCGGAGGCCCUCACCCGCCUCCUCCCUGCAGCGGGCCCGCUUCAAGGUGGGCGAAUCUUCCGAGGACGUGGCCCUGGAAGAGGAGACCAUCUAUGAGAACGAGGGCUUCAGGCCCUACACAGAAGACGCACUGUCUUCCAGAGGCUCCUCUGGGGACAGUGACUCCCCUGGAAGCUCCUCGCUGUCCCUUGCCAUGAAAAAUUCCCCCAAAUCAGGGUCUCCCAAAUCAUCAUCACUCCUAAAGCUCAAGGCAGAGAAGAAUGCCCAGGCAGAACUGGGGAAAAACCAGUCCAACAUCUCCUUCUCCUCCUCCAUCACGAUCAACACCGCCUGUUCCUCUUCCUCCUCCUCCUCCUCCUCCUUGUCCAAGAACAGUGGUGACACAAAGCCACGCUCUGCCUCAGAUGCAGGCAUCCGCGGCACCCCCAAGGUCGGGACCAAGAAAGACGCCGAUGUGAAGGUCGGGCUGACCUCCUGCACCCGAGCCAAGCCGUCGGUCCGACCAAAGCCAGUCCUGAACCGAGCCGAGUCUCAGAGCCAGGAAAAGAUGGACAUUCGCUCCUUACGGCGCCAGCUGAGGCCCACAGGUCAGCUGCGGGGGGGCCUCAAGGGUUCUAGGAGUGAGGACUCAGAGCUGCCCCCCCAGACAGCCUCUGAGGGGUCCAGGAGAGGCUCUGCUGAUGUCACUCCGCUCCCAGCCACCACACCCCCGUGUGUUCCCAGGAAGGAACGGGAAGGGCAAGGCACCUCCUAUGUGACGUGCAGUGCCUAUCAGAAGGUCCAAGACUCCGAGAUCAGCUUCCCUGCGGGCGUUGAGGUGCACGUGCUGGAGAGGGCGGAAAGCGGAUGGUGGUAUGUGAGGUUUGGGGAGCUGGAGGGCUGGGCUCCUUCCCACUAUUUGGUGCUGGAGGAGACCCAGCAAUCUGACACCGCUGGCAAAGAGCCAGACACAGAGAAGAGCACUCACAGUGAGGGCAAGUCGGACAGUCUGGAAAAGAUCGAGAAACGGGUCCAAGCGCUCAACACCAUGAACCAGAGCAAGAGGGUAACCCCGCCCAUCCCCUCGAAGCCCCCUGGGGGUUUCGGCAAGACCUCCUCGGGCCCCGUGGCGGUGAAGAUGAGGAACGGUGUGCGGCAGGUGGCUGUCAGGCCACAGUCUGUGUUUGUAUCUCCACCACCCAAGGACAACAACCUGUCCUGUGCCCUGCGGAGGAAUGAGUCGCUGACGACCACUGACGGCCUCAGAGGUGUGCGCCGGAACUCCUCCUUUAGUACUGCCCGGUCGGCAGCUGCCGAGGCCAAGGGCCGCUUGGCAGAGCGGGCUGCCAGCCAGGGCUCAGAGUCCCCCCUGCUGCCUACCCAACACAACGGCAUCCCCGUCUCCCCCGUGCGUCCGAAGCCCAUUGAGAAGUCUCAGUUCAUCCACAAUAACCUCAAAGAUGUGUACAUCUCUAUUGCGGACUAUGAGGGGGAUGAGGAGACAGCUGGCUUCCAAGAGGGGGUGUCCAUGGAGGUGCUGGAGAGGAACCCCAAUGGCUGGUGGUACUGCCAGAUCCUGGAUGAGGUGAAGCCCUUCAAGGGCUGGGUACCCUCCAACUACCUUGAGAAGAAGAACUAGCAGCGCUGGGUCCUCCCAGACUCAGUGCGCUGCUCUGGCUGCCACCGGAUGGAUGGUGGCAUGCGGACACGGGAAGAACAAUGGGGGGGAGGGGAUGACCACGUUGACCCCCGAAGACGCCCUCCAGCUGGAAAGGAGGGUGCGAUGGGUGCACACACUUAGUAGGAGAAAGGGAAGAGCCGGGAUUUCCUGUGCCCGGAACCCCUGCACACACACUGGUGACUUUGCUGCUGGGCCAUUUGCCAUUUCAUACAGGCCAUGUGCCUUUGCUGCAGACCUGGAAAAGACGUCACCAGGUGUGUCCAGGGUCCCGCCCCAGCCCAGCCACUUCAGUGGCUGGGUUCUUGCCUCUGGAAGUCACCCUUGUGUUACCUAAUGAUGCGUUUGGCAUCGGAUUGGUUUCUAGUCCACUACCCACCACUGGUGGGUGUCUGGUAGACCACCAGCUCUGGGCCUUGGCGGUGUCUCCUAAGAGCUCGGUACUUUCUAGGGCCAGGCCACAGCCUGUUUGGUAGUUAAGAGUUCCCAGAUGCCAACAAGGGCUGCCUGCCCAUGCUGGCCUGGCCUUGCAAAGAGAGCCUACCGUCCUUAGGGCACAUGGGGGACACUGGGAGUUGACCUAGAGGAUGGGUGGUGCCAGGCUUCUAAUAAUUGCUAGAGGUUUUCCGGGUAGGCAGUUCCUUCUGCAUGUUUGGGAAGGGGUAUUGGUUCAGAGGUUAUAAAUCAGGCGUUUGGUUUGGGGUUUAUUUUAGAAGUUGUUUGGGGGCCCAAAGGGCUCAGCGUCACAUAGGAGAGGGAGUAGUGGUGGGUGGGGUUUUUUGUUGAUUUCCAUGGAGGGAUGUUUUAUUUAGAUUUUGGUUUAAUGUUUUUGCCUUUCCAUAAGCCAAGUUGUUUGUUUAGUUUUGCGCUGUGUAAACAGUGCCCUAGCAUGGCAUCUCACCAGGGAAUUUGGGACUGGGUAAAGCCAGGUGCUGGGCUCAGUGAAGCAGUGUUGAGGUAUCCUGCCCAAGAGGGAAGGGGGCAUCAUUAGAAGCCAUGCUGAUGGGUGACCUCUCUGCCUGCUUCUGCCACGUUCCCCAAUCUGGGCAGGACCCCAAGAAAAAGCCUUACUGUGGAGAAGUCACCACCAACCCUGGGCAGAAGGGACCCUGGCUGGGUCAGCCUGGAGCAGACACCCUCCACUGUGCCCCUUAGCCUGCGGGCAAUGUGACAGGUGCCCAAGAAGAGGAGGACUUCGAAACCAGGAACCAACCCUGUCUUCCCAAGGGGCAGUGCCCCAGGGAACAGAAUCACAAGAAUGGAGUUCGCUGCCGUCCUCUGAGUUUUGGGUUGUGAUUAAAUGAUUGACAUUUCAGAGGGGACCCUCCAGAGAGAAGCCCAGUGGGCUUCCUCCAAGGACUCCCCUCAUGCUGGGAGUGGAUUCCACAUGUGCCUUUGAUUUGGGACAGAUCCUGCCUCACAGUCUCUGGCUGAGCUGCCAGCAUCCUCCCCACCCCCCUCCCCAGCUGCUAGUCCUGACAGACUGGGCAGGAAGAGCUCUCACCCCCGCCCCCUCCCAGGCAGGUCUGCCUUCAGCUCCCAGCCCUAACGUCCUGGAUUCCCAAGCCCAUGUCCCUAACAUGCGGAUGCAAACUGCGAGCCUCCUUUGUCAAAAGCCCGUGGUGACAUUGUUCUCUUUCCUCUUCUGUGUUCAUGAGUUUGUUUAAAAUUGAAAUUAGUUAUUUUCUUCUGCUGGACAGUAUUAAAUAGAGCGGGAUGUUGAGUUAAUCCGCUAGGUUGCAGUACUAAUGGUAGUGGUUUAGUGUCUUCAUGAUAUUAUUUGUACUUAUUUGAACAAUAAUGAUUAAGAAGUGGUUCAUUAUUUCUUAAUUAAUGCACUUUAAAUAAGGUGAAAGGGAAAGGAAACCCGGAGAGCAAAGUGCAUUACUUAAAGAUGCAGUAUAUACUCUUCUCAUUUUAAAUCAGCACAUAUUUAUUAAAAGAAGAAAAAAGUAAUUUAUGACUAUUUAAAAUAAGAUUUAAAAGUAGAGUGACUGUCAGGUGAGCGGACCUUCCACAUAGCUGUCUGCCAGAGGGAUGGCCCUUGGCCUUACUCCUCAGAUGUCUGCACUGAGCCAGCUCCGUGAUUAGUGCACCAGCCAGGCACAGAGCAUCUCAGUUGGACUGGACCACCGAGAUCCCCAGAGCCUGCCUUCCCCCCCUUCCCUGCCCGAUUCUGCACUCACACCUCUGUCUGCACCCCAAAGACCCUCUCCCAACUUCCUAUAUCCUGAAAUCAUAGACUCUUGAAAAGCGGGACUGGAAGGGACCUCAGUGGCCACUCCAUUCCAUCCCCUUCUAGAUCCUUCACCCAAGAUCAGGAAAUGACUUUCUGCAAAUCUGCCAGUUAAUAUCAGGUUUCCCCACCACACUUAAUCCUGCCUUCCUCUCCUGUCCCUUUAGUUUAUCGUGUGGUCAUUGUGUUUACAUAUUAACAUCCAGCCCCAGGGAUGGCUGGGAGUUGCUCAGGCAUCUGGGAAAAGUGGGGAAUGUUGCCACCUAGUGUCAGUAUGUAGGCUUGGUCAACAAAUAGUGAUAGCCAAGGUCCCUCACCACCAACCCAUUAGGGCACAGCACAAACCCUGCAAGCCUAAAGAAUACUUGAAACAAGAAGGGUGCAUGCCAGGCCUUCUCAGACGUGGCCAGGGGAUACCAGGCUUUGUGUCCCUGGAUCCUAGCCCUACCCAGGCAAGAGGGCCUUUCCCUAGAGCUAAAAGAGCUGCUUUGUGACAUUGGACGGACUGUGGCAGCCGUGGAGGAGGGAAGGGCCUGGGGCUCUGACCCAUCUGGAGGAAAACCAGAUUGGACUAAAGGAAAAAAAAAAGGAAUCUCAGCAAUGUCCAAACGUAGCUUUCCAUUAGUGAUGAUUGAAAAUGUGAAAUGACAUUGUAUUGCUGUAUACUGCAACUUUAAUCAUAGUGAGCCCUUCUGAGGUCAUUAUUGCGGUUUAUAUAAUGCCCGAAGAUGCAUCGUUCGGUGCUUUGUUUCAUUUCAGUUUAAAGACCCUUCUGUUACAAGGGCGGAGGGAAGUUUUCAACCUUAUCCUUCUUUGUCACUAGUAGGCCUGGCUACACUGCCUGGCUCCUCUGUGUUCUCACAGUGGGGCAACAAGAGGGAGCUGGGGUGGGAGGUUCCAGCAGCAGCAGGUUCCUGUCUGCCUUGGGGUCCCCUUUACAGCCCGGGUCCUAUUUGCAAGACCUCAACCCUUCCACCCCUAGCCUGGCCCCCAGGGUUCCUCUUUCUCACUCCUGAAUGGACGAAGGCAUUAUAUAGAAUCAUUGUAGUCACUUUGAGAUAUUAGAGCGGCGUAUUUUACUGGCAUUUAUAUCCAUCGCUUUUCCUCAGCAAGGCAUGUUACUACUCUUAUCCUCUAAGGAAAAAAGACAAGGGAAUUUCAGCCAAACAUUAUUUUCAUAUGACUAGUACUUACAGAGUAGGUGUAGAGCUAUUUAAGUUGUAGUGUUCUGUUUUUAGGGGGUGGGGCAGGUGAAAUCGUGCCUGCUCUUCCUGGGUUUGACUAAUAUAUAAUUUCUUUAAGGUUACUCACUUCCCCUAUUUCCUCCAAGUACUUUGCAUUCUCAAUGGAAAAUGAAAGCAAUCUGAGACAGAAAAAGUGCAAUAUUUCCAAGAGGGGUGUGGGACAGUGGCGGGAGACCCCGUUGAAUCUGCAGAAAUGGGAGGGCCUACUGGGGGAGUCAGUACUGUGGAGCACACGGGUUUGGCCUCCAGGCAGGCAGGCUGACUGUCUCCUCCCCACUUCCCUGGCAUGAAGGCAAGGGUAGCCACCAGAGGACAGCCCGCCUGUGUCCACCUAGAAGGGAGGGGUCUGGGGAAGUGGCAUGGUGCUCUUAGCCUCUUGAGCCCAGGACAGAGUGAGGACAGUUGAGACCCACUUCUGUUUUCGUUCCCGUUUGCAGCCAGUUGCUCAGAGAGACCCGUCCCAGAAGCGGUUCCCAGCAGCCCAGUCACCCCAGCCUCCUGAUGUGUGGGCUACAGUGCUUAGGAUGUGUGUUUGAGUCUUUCUAAAACUAUGGAACCUCAGUUCAGCUACGGACAGGAACCCUGGCUGUAAGCAAACUAAUUUGGAGGGCGGGUGCUUUAAGCCCUUCGUGCCCAGCAAGACCCGAUUCCAGCAGGCCCACAGUAGGCCUGGGGCUGAGUCCCGGCCACCUGUUCAUCUCAGCGACUUGGGCAAAGGGCAUGAGCCCUGCUUCGGACAGAAACCCCACGACAGGGACAUACCUGCCUCCUUCCACAUGUUGCAAGGUGUCUUCUGGGGGGUUGGGAGUGAGUCCCAGAGCUCAGCGCCCCCAGGAUAGCAAGCACAACCUUGCUGGUGUGUUCCUUCUAAGCAGUACUGUAGGCCUGCUGCCCCAACCCACCUUUGUGUGAAUCCUAUACAGAUAGGGGAAGGGACCAGGCCCUUCUAGGGUCGCUCCCUUAGAACAGAUAUGGCUGCAUAGCUGACCAUUUGAGUAUCUGAACAACUUUCUGGAAAGACAGCAGUCCACAUCACUAACCAGUUAAGAUCCCCUCACUUUUUUGAGGGCAGAGAGAGCAGUGUGUGUGUGUGUGUGUGUGUGUGUGUGUGUGUGUGUGUGUGUGUGUGUGGUGGUAAUCUCCAAGUGUGGGUAUUACACGAGUGUGUGUGAGAGACACUGGUGGUAAUUUCCCACUUGAACUAAAUAGCCUGGGGUUAGAGGAAACAAAUGCAGGGCAGGCGGCCUCCACUGAACUAGUCCUUGGCAUUGGGCAGGUCCCAAGGGACUCAGAGCUUCUGACAGCAAGUAUGUGUGUCAUUCACGCGAUUCUGGCUGGAGAGUGCAAUGUGUCUUUUAAAUUUGUUUUUGUAAGUAUUUUAUUAUUUAGUUGGAAACUUCACACUGGCAUUAGCAUAUCUAACAGAAGCAGCCUAGGUCAGCAUCCGGGCACCACGAUGAAAGACAUGGAAUAGAUACUGUUGAGUAUGGAGAUCCUGAGGUGGUUAAACAGCGCACCCUGUCCUUGGUGUGAGAACCCCCAGGGGGUCCAAGAGCUGCUGGCCUUUGGUAUGGUUCCCAGAGAGGCAGGCUGGACGGGGAGCGGACUCUCCGUGGUGUGACUGUAGGACCUGCAGGUGUCCACACAGCAGUGACUCCCGUCUCCACUGCAGGCCUAGAGUGUUUCCUGGGAGCGUGGAGGGCUCCUCGGGACCUGAGUUUGUUUAAAUCCCAUUUGGGGCAGUCUCAUGUCCCUGUGUUUCCCAAACACUAUUAUCAGAGCCAGUGAUGGGACAAGGUCGUGACCGUUGGCCUUAGCACUGCUUUUGACUACUGCUUAGUUCUGUGUGUCUGGGCCCCCGGGCCACAAACUGGGCACACUGAUGCUCGUAGGUUGAAAUGGAAGGGCUUCCCAACCUGGCCGCAAGGGAUUGGCAUGUGACACCCCCUCUUCCACUAUCCUGUCUAAAUCUCAAGUGACCUGGACAGGACCCCUCCCCCAUCGCAGUCUAGGACUUAGUGGCCUUAGAAUGGGGUCCCUGGUGCUGAAGGUUCCUACCUUGCUCCAAAUCUCAUUCUGGACAAUGGGCUGCGUCCUUGGAAGUGUGAGAGGAUUGUGUUAGUGCAAAAGGAUGUAUCUAGCAUGUUGGCAAGCCAGUGGGAGGCACGUUGGCAGGACGAGUACGCAAGUUUGAGGUUACUGGGGCUUAUUAUGGUCCCUGCACUGGGAGGAGUCUCCCAGAAGCCUUAGGCAGAGAAGGUGUGGGAAAGCUAAAGGAGGGUUUGGAGUUGUACUGUCUUUAUUGGUGGGAGAAGGAAGGAGUCAGUGACCAGGUUUACAGGGAUUUUGUUACUCACCAGCCAUGAGUCCAGCCAGAGAAAACUCACUUGCUGGGCCCCAUCCGGGCUGCCAUUUUCAUUGAUGUCUUGGGGAAGAGACACUGUAAGCCGGAAGCCAGUGUUUGGGUUUGGAGGCCCUUUUCCAGAAAGACCUAAAUCAUCUCCCAGAUUCCCGGUAGUUUAUGCCCAAUGCAUUUUGUCCAAUACAGAGCUGGCCAGCCUAUCAUCUGUACAUAUGAGAGGCCAUUGACCAUAACAGGCCACACAGUAGGACCCAGUAUCCCCAUACUAGAACUUAAGAGCCCAGACCUAGACAGGAGGCAGGUGGCCUCAUUUCUUGGUGACAGAGGACAUCAUUCCCAAGGCUCUAGUAGAAGCUAUGGUUCUAACUGUGAGUUUACCUCCUGCUGCCAUCAGACCAGGAGGAACACACCAACAUCCCUGCAUAUGCUUUCUGUUUUCUAGUGGCUUCUACUGAGGCACACUGAGUUUACUCCAAAGGGUACACAGAUAACCAUUCUUAAAUUUACAACAUGUCCCCUGCAACAGAGGGCAUGGGUGUCCCUACAGUUACUGAGAGGUCUGGGAGGUGACUUGUAAGGCAGAUGGGAGGGGCCACUCUUGCAGCAUGGCUAUGUGGACUCUGGUGGGAGCAAGCAGACGGAUGUCACUGGGUGGGACACCUCAAUCACAGGGACUUCUCGUAGUGUCCACUCAUCCCCAGCCAGCUUAGUGGGGUCAGCAGAAGCCCUUCCCCCGGGUUCUUCCUCGCCACCUCAGCAGAAAAACAAGGCCGUUGGAUGCAGUUGGGGUCCAUGCAAGUGCUGACAUAUCUCCAGGAUCCUCGGUGGUGCUAAACUAUUUCCAUGUUUCUCACAAUUCUAACAGUGGGUUGUUUUUAUAAGUCUCAUCCCAAACAUGCAGUGUCCUUGGGGGAGGGGCGAAGCCCUCCCCCCAGACCUGCCACUUUCCAGGUGUCCUUUAUUACUUUGAAGGGAUUCUUUGGUCUGUAGGAAUGACCUGUCUUGGGAUGCUUCUAGACUUUAACAUUUGGGUUGUUUUGUUUAAUAUUUUGUUUAUGUUUACAUGCAUCUUGUAUUUCCCUAAAAACUAAAUAAAGUUUUUGGCCUUUUUAA